AUGAGGGUCACGACAAUCAAAACGUUGUUCAAGAGGUUACACCCCAAAUGUCAAGCAGAGAACCAAAACCCAAGACAUGGCCUGAUCAUGUUACUUACUACUCCAAGUGAAGAUAUUUAUGUCAAAGAAGUCUUGGAAGUGACAAAUAAAGAAGAAAGGAAAAAAAAAAGCUGCUUAUGGACUCAAACAAGCUGUAAGAAUUUGAAUCAAAAAUUUGAUGGGGUCUUAAGAAAACUGAAACUGAACAUAUCAAACAUUGAUCCAUGUAUCAAUUCUCACAGAGGUGGCACCAAACUAGUCAUCAUAGCUUCAUUUGUCAAUGAUAUGCUAUUAUUCUCAAAUGACAGAGCUGUUCUGGAUCAAUUCAAAAGUUCUCUGAAUAUAUUUUUUGAGAUAAAAUAUUUAGGACAGAUAGGCCAAAGCCUAAGCAUGGUAAUUACAUGGGAUCAUGACAAAGGAAAAAUUUGGAUCUCACAGAAAUCCUCUGCAAAAAAAGGUCUGUAG